CUUCUCGCAUCUGCCGAAUUUGAGUCAGUCUUGCUUGGAAAUUCUUGCCAUCAUGUCUGCGUCAUUGGAAACGAUCCAGCUCCCCCAUCUUCCAUCCUCGCUACCGGUGCAUGUAGCCUUGUACCGGGAUCUGAAGAAUGCGCCCUUUUUGCGACAGCAGCUCAUCUCGGGAAAUGCGGAAUUUGAAUAUGCCUUCGUCGAUGCAAGCAUGGUCCUAUCCAAAACGCAUGCUCUUUCGGCCGUUUUCAGAGCAGUAAAUGACUACUUGAAUGACCGGCUAAAGUCUCGCAAUGUGCAUUCCGAGACUGUGUUCUCUUUGAACCCCACCACUAAUAUCGCCGACUCAUUCCGCAAAUUCGGUAUCACGGACUCGACAAAGGACCUACUUGUGGUUAAGAUUGCUGUGGACUCAAGUGCCACACACGACGCAGUAGCAGCGCAUCUAUCGCAGCACAUCGAAGGCUCUAUGGUACCAUUUGACGACGAGACAUUGUCUCAGAUCGCCGAUGUCGCGAAAAUCAAGAAGGCAUACAAGCUGGGAGCAUUGAAUACUACCCCAGGGAACCAAGUCAACGGUGUCCAGGACGAUCAAAUGAAACGACUUGAACUUUCGGUGCUGGCUGCCAUCGCGUUGCGGGGAGCGACUUGAUUUUGACCGCUGCAUCGAUAGUAACAUCAUCAAGGCGUUUUGAGCCGGCGCAGUGACACUAAAUUCCGUCAUGGUCUUUGCAGGAAUCACGUCCCACAGUUGGCUUAGAACUGUCCAACUCUCUUGUCACAGGCUUCCUCGGCGAUGUGUUCCUGGGGAGGCCAAACAUGGUGACAGAUAUGCAACAAUCACGGGGGCUUCGCGGCAUCUCUUUCUACACAGUCGUCAACGUUUGAUAUAAGCGUGGUCAAUGUGCUUGGGAAGGCGCAAGUCUUACGCCGCUGUGCUUAUGACUAAACGAUCAGGCGUCACGAUCGUGGGCUCUCAAUUACGACCCAAUUCAUGUGAUAUACCCCAGAAUAUGGAAUAGAAGAAAGAUUUAGAAAUCAUACUUUGUU